CUAAAACUAAUGAUGUGGAAGAAUGGAACAAGUGACACCAUGUUACAGACCCACUUCCAUCGCGGCACUGUCUUGUAUUUGCCAGCUCAACCCACCAUCACCCCUCUCUCCCCCUAGAUCUCCUCCUCCUCCUCCUGAAAUUAACCCCGCGCCCUAGCUACUAGCAGCUCCAAUCAAUGGAUUCCUCCGACGAAGAGGGAGAAGAGUACCUCUUCAAAGUAGUGAUCAUCGGCGACUCCGCCGUGGGGAAAUCCAAUCUUCUCUCCCGCUACGCCCGGGACGAGUUCAACAUGCACUCUAAGUCCACAAUCGGAGUCGAAUUCCAGACCCAGACCAUCGAAAUCGACGGCAAAGAAGUCAAAGCCCAGAUUUGGGACACCGCCGGCCAAGAGCGCUUCCGCGCUGUCACCUCCGCCUACUACCGUGGCGCCCUCGGCGCACUGGUGGUUUACGACAUCACCCGCCGCACUACCUUCGAUAGCAUCCCUCGUUGGCUAGAGGAGCUUCAAACACAUUCUGACACAACCGUUGCGAGGAUGCUUGUGGGCAACAAAUGUGAUUUGGGGAACAUCAGGGAUGUGAGUGUAGAAGAGGGAAAAGCCCUGGCAGAAGCCAAUGGGUUAUUCUUCAUGGAGACAUCUGCUCUGGAUUCCACAAAUGUGAAGCAGGCUUUUGACAUGGUUAUCCGAGAGAUAUAUAACAAUGUAAGCAGAAAGGUUUUGAACUCAGACUCUUUCAAAGACGAAGUAUCUGUUAACCGGGUUAGCCUGGUUGGCAAUGGCUCCUCGGAUGCAUCAAACAAGCAGAAUCAAGGCCAUUCUUGUUGUUCCAGGUAACCAGCCAAGAGUUUUUCUAUUACCAAACAUCAUUUAUUUGGUCUGUGUGUUCAUUUGUUUGUUUUGUCUGUCUGUCCAUUUAUUUCAUUAUUAUUUGUUAUUUGCAAGAGAUGUUACGGUAUACGGGUUGUAAGAAUGAUAUGAUAGUAGUAAAUUUGUACAACUAUGUAGUUUUUUUUCUAAAUCCAGCAAAUCAUUAUACAUACACCCUGUAACUGCAGCCGUUUGGUUUGUUAUAGUUUCAACUAAAGUUGUUUCUUUAUG